AAGAAGUUCGAUGGUACCUAAAAGAGGCAUAAACCGUACUACCGAUUGCGAAAAGUAUUUGAAAUGGAAGGCAGAACGUGCACAAAAAUUGCAGAAGAAGAAGAAAGUGAAAAAACGGAAAAAGAAGGAACCUGUUCUCGAUUGCGUCGAUGAGGACGAGAUACACGUAAGUGAAGAUCCGCAAGUGCCCAAGACCAGAAAAUGUAAGGACAAGAAGAGGAAGAAGAAGAAGAAACCAUCACGGUUGAUAAGGAAGAUAUACAAACAUAUUCCAUACGGGGAACUAUUAGUGAAUUGCAUAAAACCGUCACUGGAAGAUAGAGAAUAUCUUAUUAAUCCAAUUCACGCGAGAUGCUUGGGUCUUGAUACAACGAAAUUGUCUUUCAAACCCGAAAUCCCACAAUUAAGCCAGACUUACGUAGUUCGCCGCAAGAAGAGUGUCAAGAUGAGAUUUCCAUGUUCGAAAGGAAAGAGAAAACCGAAGCGAUAUCCUAAGACUUUGAAAGAGCAAGAAGAAGACGAAGACAGCGAAUGCGACAGUAUUUGCUCCUUCGACAGCGAAAUAUGUCUAACAGGUGUAAGGUUGACAGCUAAAGACAUGGAAGAGAUCAAGAAGUAUCAACGCGACGCUGAAGAAAGCAAAGCUAAGUUACAGGAGAACUAAUCUGACCCAAUUAAUAUUACUAGAACGCAAUAACACUAAUAUAAUUUAAACACUAAAUACUUGAAACACGAACCUAAUAAAUCAUGAAAAAGUUUGUCUACUGAUAAAUAC